AUGAAGUCUACAUCAAAGAACGAUGAGCAGAAACUGCCUGUCUUCCAUGGGAUGGUGUUUGCGUUCUCGGGCAAGUUCACCAGACCGCAGCAGACGUUGAAGGAGCUGGUGGAGUUGGGGUCGGGGUCGUGCGCGCAGUCAGUGACGCAGAAAGUCACUCAUGUGAUCACAACUCAGGCAGCUCUUGACUCCGAGAAGCGUGCAGCUGCCCUUGCGACAGCCAUAGGGAAGGGGCUGCCACUGGUGAAGGAGGAUUUCCUGUCAGCUUGCAUCGAGAAGGGAAAACUUGUUGAUAUGAACGAGUACGUCUUGAGGGUUCAGAAGUUGCCUUCUGCAGAAGACGAGGAGAGAGAGAUGAAGAUCCUGGAGGCGAUCUCCCGAAAGAUAGAGAACCGCGUCUGUCUCAACAUGAAAAGGAAUGUAUUCUACUCGAUGGAGGAUUACGCUUCAUGCACUCGGAUGGCGCUCGAGAGGUUGCGAGCGAUGAGGAGGAUAGACCUGCUGUCGUUCGGCUUCGAGUCUCUUGCGACAGGACGAGCUCUGGAUCGCAUCAACCAAUCGAUGAAGGACCUGCGGCUGGACAGCGCCAUGGAAGUCAUGGCUGCGAGGAGCCUACGGCCGGAAGACGAUGCCAGGAGCCGGUUGAUGAUUGACACUAACAUCUACUUGGAUGCCAGCCCAGACUUCUGCUCCUGGCUGGAGAGGCUGGACCAGAAGAAAGUGAAAGUGUUCAUCCCGAUCGCGGUGUUUGAAGAGCUGGACAAGAAGCGGUCUAACGGGAACGAGAAGAUUUCUUUCCAGGCUAGAAGCACCUUCCGUCACAUCGAGCGAGCCCUCAAGAGGAGCAACUCUCAUUCUCUCCUGAGCUUCUGGGAGCUGCAGGACCGGCGGGUGGACGAUCACUACAGGAGGACGAUAGGAGGUGACGCCAGGUCCUUCGACUUGCGCAUCCUCUCGUUCCUGCGCGACUGUCACACUGCUAGGAAGAACAGCUUUGUCAUGGUCACCGAGGACAGGCCGCUCUCGCUCGAGUGCUGUCAGCAUGGCAUCCGCUGCAUGUCCUUGCAAGAGCUCCUCUCCUGCCAGGAGUGGAAACCUCCUUCUGCUCCUGCUCCUGCUCCUGCCGCUCCUCCACCUCAAACUUUGCCUUGUGCUCCGAACGGGUUGAGAAGGCCGAUAGUGCAGGAGCAGGCGGGGAGGGGCGGGCUUCAGCGCAACGUACCUGCUCCUCAGAUUCGCUCGUUGCCGCACCGCUUGCAGCAUGAAGGAGAGAGCCGGGGAGGGGUGCCAGGGCACAUCCUCCCCACUCCCCCCCUGCUGGCGACAGGAGCGAACGCGAUCGCUCUCGGGUCAAGGAGGGGGAUGGGGCGAACUUGGGACAUGGAACACGAGGAGGAGAAGAAGGAGAAAGAAAGAGAGGCAGACCUGCCGUCGGGAUGGGAGGUCGCGUACGACAGGAAUGGUAGGAAGUACUAUGUCGAUCACAUCAACAGGAAGACCUUUUAUGCAUCCUCGCUCAAGUGCCAGGAAGUUAGGAAGGACGAGAAGAGCAAGGAGAACCUCCAGGCCUCAAACAAAUUGCUUCCUCCGGGGUGGGUGCAGUGCGUAUCCAAGGCAAGCUCAAGACCUUAUUUCUUCAACACCCUCAACGGAAAGAGCCAAUGGCAUUACCCAUGA